CAAGAAAGCAAUUUGCGACUUGUUAGUAUUGUGAAAUCGUAUUUUUCGUGAUUAUAGAAAGUGCGGGAAUCAUGGUGUAACAUACAUAUAUGAGGAUAUGCCAUUGUUCAGAAGACAAAGUGACAAGGGAAGGAAACGUCAGGAAAGACAAGUUUAUCUUGCUACAGAAAACCCUGAACCAACAUAUGACCUCUCCAACUGUGAACUUCAGGAGGUUCCUUCUGGGGUGUUUGCCACCUGUAGAGUUCUGCACAAGGAGGCAUUACUGCUCAAUGAUAACUGGCUGGGCUGCAUUUCUGGUGGAGGGAAACUCACUGAUCUGAAGACACUACGGGUGCUUGAUCUUCACAACAAUGAGUUGAAGUCUCUGCCUGAAGAAAUGGGACAUCUUGAAAACCUCCAGAUUUUAAAUGCAGAGAAAAACAGGCUACGGAAAAUACCAGCGUCAAUUGGCAAUCUACGAUGUUUACAAACGCUCAAUGUAAAAGACAAUAAGAUCAAAACAUUACCAGACAGCCUGUGUCAGCUGCCAUGCCUGAGACUUCUCGAUGUGUCGCACAAUGACAUGACGAUGCUGCCUAACAAAUUGUGUCACAUCCGCACCCUCGAGUCUCUUGUAUUUGAUGGAAACCCUCUUAAUUCUCCGUCAAAAGACAUUCUUAAACAGGGUACAGAAGGCAUUAUGAAGUUUUUCUGUCACGAAUUGGGACUUCAUUAUGAGCCACCAUCCUCGUUUUUACUCAAUGUCCUUGACCCACCGAAGGUUGUUAACAGCAAAAGUCAGGAUUCAUUAAAUUACUUUGAAGCACAAAUCAAACUUGAGGAGACACUGGAACAGUAUCAGAGCAUAAUGGAUAAAAGGCGUCAGGAGAGGAUCGAGCUAGAACGACUGCUAGAACAGGAGCAGGAGGCGCAGGCCCAGCUAGCAGCCAUGUCCCUGUGUCAGAAAGAACACCUGCUACACGCUAUCGCACAGGACCAAGAGAAGAUGGAUGAAGGCUUGGCAGAAUUGAGCCAGAAGAAAGAAGAGGCGAAACAGAGGCUACUGUUAGCUCUGCAGGAAGUAGAACAGACGGCAGAUGACCUGGUGGCCAAACUCACAGAUAUUAAUGAAAAAGGUCGAAAGAAUGAGGAGUUAUUGGAAGCAAUUGAAAAAGAAAGAAUGGAGAAGGAUGGAUGGUUUGAUGUGCGGUGGGAGGAGUUACAGAACCUAAGAAGACAGGAAGUUCUCAAUGCCAUGCAGCAGGUGUUUGAAGAGUCUUACAGUAUGGAAUCUUUACGACAGAUGUAUACAGCUGACAAAGCUAACACUGCAAGAAAAACUCUUGAAGAUGAGGAGCUGACAAGCAACCACCAGGUAGAGAGUGUUCUCUCUCACAAAGACGCCGAACAGAAGAUUAUCCUGCGGUCCCUGGCAGAACAGGAACUUCUUCAGAAGGAAGCAUUCGAGGUUCUCCAGCUCCAGAAAGAUGACCGCCACAAGCGGAUAACGAGUCAGAUCGACCUCAUCCAGCAGCAACUGCAGCAGCUAACUCUCAUUGAAAUCGAGAAGAAGGCGCUCCGUAUGGAGUCGGAAAUUAAUGUAACAGCGGAGAAGAGAGUGAUGUUGACAGCCCUGCUGUGUCAGUUACUGGAUGAACGAGACAAGAGACAGGACGAACUUAAGAAAAGACUUGGUGAGAUGGAGGAGCGUCGAGAAGACGGACAGACUGAUUACUGGUUGGUUCAGUACCAGCGUCUGAUGGACAAGAAACCACAAGUUCUCAUCGACAGGGAAAACACUCUGGAUGCGUCAGUUGUGAAGAUAUUGCAGGCUGCCGGUGCCAAGGACUACAUUCCUUUGGUUGCUCGAAACCGGAUCACGGAGGAAAUAUUGUUACAGCUCAGUGACGACGACCUCAGACAGAUGGGUGUACACGAGCUUGGCAUUAGAAAAGCCAUUCUUAAACAGAUAGCUGAAUUCCUGGCCAACAGUAAGGUGAAGAACUUUGAUACUGAUCAGUUUGAGGUUGUAUUUUUGCAGACGUCUUCAAAAGAAGUUCACCCUGAGCCGUCUGCUCCGCCAGAACCAACAGCCUCCUCCGACGCCAAACAUCCCUCCAGACAGCUCUCCAUUGUCGCCAGGGGCAUUAACUCUGAGUGUGUCGUCUGCAUGGAGCAUGAAUCACAAAUUAUAUUCCUCAAUUGUGGCCAUGUUUGUUGCUGUCCGAAGUGUUCACAGUCAGUUGACCUCUGCCCCAUGUGCCGUUCAGAAAUCAAACAGAAAAUAAAGUUGACAAUUCCAUCUGUCAGUGUGUCCACGUGACGCAUCUUGGUCUGUACCAGGCAGACGUUGCAGAUUUUCAUAUGUAAACGUUGCUGUGUUUACUCAUUUCUAGUUAAUACUAUACAUUUAACAUCUUCCUAAUUAUUAGAAGUAGAAAUCCAAGGUGAGCUGUUUGUCAUUCUGCUCAAAGUGAUUUGGGGGAAGUAAGGUGUGACCACUUCUUUGAAGUGUAAACUGAUAACCUCUGCUGUGGCUGUGAUGGAGAUAAUAAAAUGAAACGGUUGUGUCACUGGUGUACUCUCCACAAUAGACUAGCCAUUUCAGCAUUGUUAUGAAUAACAUAGUACACUUAAUUGCUCAUUUUGUAUGGCCUUCAUUCUUUUGAAUCCAGUAUAAUGAGAAUGUAUAUUAUCUUUGCAAGUGCUGUAUUAUAAGCUUUGGUUAUAUGUAUUUUACAGCAACCAUAAUAUUUUAUUGUGUUAUUUGUAUGCAUACGUAUUACCUCUCGGACACGUGUGCAAUCAAAAAAAUUCUUUAUGGAGUAAUUAGUCAUUCAAUAGUAUAGGUGGUCUUUUUCUCCAUUUAUAGUUUUCUUCAGGAUUAAUAUAAACAAAAUGUUUACGAAGGGGUUGACGGUGAUCAAGUUGCUACUUGUUAUCUUCAGAUACAGAAUAUAUUAAUUGUUAUAGUUGCAGCCCAAUGGAUAUCUCUGUAGCACUUUAUUACAUUCUUGUUGUCAACUCUAAAGCUUACUGUUAUAAAUUAUUUUUAAUCUAUAUAUAAUUAUAUAUAUUUGUACAAAUGUAAAUUGCUUUACUCUGAGCCUUAUUUUAAUGUAAUUGUUAAAAUAGGAUAUUGUAUUGUUUUUCUACUGUUUAUGAUUGCUGUGAUUUCUUUUCUAUGAAUUAAAGUAUUCCAUUCAUGUUAUACUUUCCUAGCAUGUUUUACCUAAGUAAUUUGUAUGUCAGUAGAUAGAAAGGCAGUAUAUUAUAAUUGAUAUUAAUACCAGUUCUUAAUCAGUUUACAUAUUUUAUUGCAAUCCUCAUGAAUUUGAUAAAGUCAUUUGAACAUGCUUGCAUUUAAUUUAGCAUUUCUACAGCUCAUACUUGUAUAUUACAAAAUACACUUUGCUCAUGUAGUUAUAUAUUAAAAAAUCAAAACUUCAAAAGCUUAACUGAAAGGGAAAUAUAUUAUAAAAUACACUUUGCUCAUGUAGUUAUAUAUUGCAAAAUCAGAACUUCAAAAGAUUAACUGAAAGGGAAAUAUAUUACAAAAUACACUUUGCUCAUGUAGUUAUAUAUUGCAAAAUCAGAACUUCAAAAGAUUAACUGAAAGGGAAAUAUAUUUUUAUGAUGAUUUACAAUGAUUUAUAAUGACAGUGGACCACCUGUCAUUCCUCUAUGUUUGUUAUUUAAAAUAAGUCAUGAUAGCCGUUGAUGCAUGGUAUUGUGGUCCAUUACAUCUGUUCCAUCCUGGACCAACUCACUGGCCAUGCCAGAGGUAGGGGCCAGGGGGAAAUACCCAAACUUUGCAAGGAUGUGGGCAUGUCAAAACUGUUUCGAGUUUGUGUUCCAAUACUAUGACUUUAGACUUGAAUUAUCUGUUCAGGUCACAUCACCCUCGGUCCAUGCACAUCAGUUAAUUCAGCAAUUUAGCUGAAACUCCUGGCAUAGGUCAUGGUUUGGGCUAUUGAGACAUUCAAGGUAACUCACCACAUCAACAAAUGGACAAUGUUAAAUUAUUAUUAUUAUUUUGUUCGAAGAAUAGUGUGGAAAUGAGAUUAUUGUUGGCGAUUUUGGGGGGUGUUUUUUUUUGCAACAUGUACACAUAUGUGAUGAAAUCAAAAUAACUAUAAGAAACAUAAUGUUAUAAUAAAUUAAAUAUAAACACAAACCUUGUGUAUUUUGAAUCAGUAAAAUCUGUGAAUUACAAGAAAGACAGAAUCUUUAAGAAUAAUUUUCAAACUAAUUCUGUUAAAUUAAUCUUUUUAUUUGUGUAAUUUUAUUAAAACAUUUUACUUCUUUAGUCCAGUGAUAUAUUCAGGAUAAGUUUUGUGAACAACUUAAAAACAUUUAUAGCAAAAACGAUAAAAAAUAUUUUUUUAAAUCAAAGUAAAAUGACAGGUUAUUCUGAUCUGAUGAUAAUGUAGUAUUCAGCAAAGCCUGACAUUACACUCCUAGUGACACAGGCUGUGAUUUUUGUCAAGUUAUCUCUAUUAGAAUGGUUGCUUUACAGGGUUCAUGAAUCCAUUCUAUCCAGUGGGUUGAUUUGAUUUUGUCUUCUAGAUGUCUUGCCCUCCAAGGCUGACGAAUGACAUCUGUCCGGGUUUUAUUUUAUUCCAUCUCUUAGACAGAUUGUCUUUCAUGACUAACGUACUCUGUACGUCCGUGCUAUUUGUCCAUGGCAGGAGCUGGAUUAAUGAGUGUCAGAGCAUGUCCAUACGUCGAUGGGUCGUGCACACUGCACCUCUGGGGCUCCAGCUGCUCCGAGAUCCCCCUCAUUCUAGCCCGAGUCUGUAAGGGCCCAGUUACCGUGUUGUGCCAAGCUAUGUUAGCAGGGGGCAAUGAGAGAGUCUUGCCUGCAGAGAGGUUAUGUACCGGAAGAGUAGGACUUCCAUGCCUCUGCCUACCUUUUUGUCGUUAGACUAUCCGGUGGCUGCAGCUGAAAGCGAGAAGGUCAAGCCAACUACAGCACUAGACACCUCACACAGGCCUGUGGUUAUCAUACCACCACACCACAGUUUGAUUUGAUUCAAACCUGAACAACAACAAAAAGUAAUUAAUAUUGGUGUUGUCUUGUAGAUCUUGCCAUGAAAAACAAAAUUGAGGGGAGAGAUUAAUUGUUCCCGUAACGUAGAUUAUGGGGAGCCAUUGAAGAUAUUAGAUUAUGGGGAGCCAUGGAAGAUAUUGGAUUAUGGGGAGCCGUUGAAGAUAUUGGAUUAUGGGGAGCCGUUGAAGAUAUUAGAUUAUGGGGAGCUAUUGAAGAUAUUAGAUUAUGGAGAGCCAUGGAAGAUAUUAGAUUAUGGGGAGCCAUUGAAGAUAUUGGAUUAUGGGGAGCUAUUGAAGAUAUUAGAUUAUGGAGAGCCAUGGAAGAUAUUAGAUUAUGGGGAGCUAUUGAAGAUAUUAGAUUAUGGAGAGCCAUGGAAGAUAUUAGAUUAUGGGGAGCCAUUGAAGAUAUUGGAUUAUGGGGAGCCAUUGUAGAUAUUACAAUAUUAAGCAUUGAUAUUUAAUCCUUUUCUUGGUUUGGGGGUCAUUUUUGGAGGGUUUUUUUUUUUUAAAUAAUUCAAAAGCUAAGGAGCUAAAAUGUGUCUUCUAGAACUAGUAUCAGGGGAGUGAUAGAGAGCCUGAGUGAUAGCUCCCCUUAAAUGGUGAGGUCUGUAGAAGUAGGAAGGCAUUUUUUUUUUCAACUUCACUUGUCCUCAAACAAAAUGCAUAUUCCCCUAAGGAUAGUGGUUUGGUUUGAACAUCCCAAGUUUAUGGGGAGAAUACGAAUGCAUCUUUGGAGUAUAAAACCCACCACCUUUUGUUGAAUGCUGUAUUUUAUGUGAGGACAGGUGAAGUUUAAAAGAAAAUGUGAAGUGUUUUCACUUUUUAUGAAUACUUCAACUGUCUUCAAGGGGUUAUACCCUCUCAGGCCUUCCCGUUUCCAAUUUUCCGUGUGAUUUGCUCAGGGAAAAGAAGUUACAGUCACAUGACCAGAACAGGAAGGAGGACUCGGUAGAAGAGAAUUUUAGGCCAUCCCAUUGUCUGUUGGGAUGUUCGAACCAGACUACUAUCCUUAGGGGAAUAUGCAUUUUGUUUGAGGACAGGUGAAGUAUUCAUAAAAGAGAAAACACCUCAAGUUUUCUUCACUUUCAAUUCCACCCUCAAAUCAGAAUAUGGCUGUUCACUCACAACUUAAGAUGACAUCCCACAAGAAUUUUAUCUUUUCAGUUAGCUAGUGUAUUUCAACUGCCUUCAUGUCUGUAAGCAUCUUAGUGUUGUGCCAAAACAAAUUUGAAAUGUUUGUAGAUUUUCACACUUUUUAUCUUGUUAUUUUAAAUAUUUCAUUUGAAUCCAUGAACAAUAUUUCUCAGAUGGCAGUAUGUUAUUUAUUGUUGAGUUUAUUGUUUUAUAAUUUAGGAAACGGAAUUUUUAAUUCUUUGCAGGUCUUUGUUAGUUACAUGUUCCACUCAUUCUGUAAACAGAUUUACAUUCUUAUAGUUAUUGCAUAUAUUAAUAAAGUUUUAAAAAAUACAAAAAAGGAAAACAAAUUAGCACUACCAUAUCUAUUUAAUUUGUUUGUAACUCAUAGCAACUAUGUAUAUUAUGGCUUAAAUUUAAGAAGGAAAGGAUGUUUUAUUUAACAACACACUCAGCACAUUUUAAUAAUGGUUUUAUGGUGGCAGUCAUAUGGUUAAGGACCACAUAUAAUGAGAGAUGAAAUCUGCUGAUGUCACUCACACCAUGUGCUACUCUUUUCAAUUAACAGCAACAGAUCUUUAAAUGCGCCCUACCACAUACAUGAUAGUACAUACCAUGGCCUUUGUUACACCAGUUGGGAGAACUGAUUGGAUCAAGAAAUGGUCUGAUCAGGCAUCAAGCAACUGCUUUGCAAAUGGACUUCGUUCUGCUCUGAUGGCUUCAGUUUAAUGCAAGAGUAAAAAAAAUGGGUUAUAUUGUAUAAGAUACACAUGCAUGUAGCUUUGAACAUCUGUUGCCUGGAGCAGUGACUUACGGUUGUCAUUUGUUACUAAUAGACAGUUUAUUGAAGAAAGAUUAUCUUAGCAUCAUCAUUCUUGAACAUCUGUUGCCUGGAGCAGUGACUUACGGUUGUCAUUUGUUACUAAUAGACAGUUUAUUGAAGAAAGAUUAUCUUAGCAUCAUCAUUCUUGAACAUCUGUCGCCUGGAGCAGUGACUUACGGUUGUCAUUUGUUACUAAUAGACAGUUUAUUGAAGAAAGAUUAUCUUAGCAUCAUCAUUCUUGAACAUCUGUCGCCUGGAGCAGUGACUUACGGUUGUCAUUUGUUACUAAUAGACAGUUUAUUGAAGAAAGAUUAUCUUAGCAUCAUCAUUCUUGAACAUCUGUCGCCUGGAGCAGUGACUUACGGUUGUCAUUUGUUACUAAUAGACAGUUUAUUGAAGAAAGAUUAUCUUAGCAUCAUCAUUCUUGAACAUCUGUCGCCUGGAGCAGUGACUUACAGUUGUCAUCUGUUACUAAUAGACAGUUUAUUGAAGAAAGAUUAUUUUAGCAUCAUCAUUCUUGAAGACUGUUAAUUUGUUCUCAUAAACACUUGUACUUAAAAACAGAGAAAUAAUUUGUUUAAUAUAAUUUAAUCAUUGUUUGUCAGUAUAUUUAUGUUUUUAACAUCACAUAUACAAUUUACUAACCAGGAGUACCUCAGCAUUGUUUUAUCAUCGAAUGUUCACAUUUCCCCAAAUCUUUCAUCAACCAGUGGACAGGGAACAAUCUUUCAGAAUCUUGGGUCUGUUCUCAUAUGUUUUCCUAGGUAACUAAUAGACUUAUUUGGAGUCACCUAUUUUUAACACAUUUUAGUAAGCAGAUUAAUUAGUCAGUUGAAAAAUACUCCUCUUUAUUGCUGAAUUAGUUUGGUUACCAUAUGCUUGGAAGGUCAAUUUAAUACAGGACCAUAGUACAAAUGUGACCACAAAUCAGUCUGCAAUUCAUGAAUAAAGUUCCAGUGAUCCUGAAAUUUGCAUCAUUUAAUUUUAGAGUAUAACCAUUCACCAAAUUAAAUUAAUGAAAUGGUUAUUCACAUAUAAUUAAAGUUGAGUAACUGACAUCCAGACAAAAUGACAUUUCUCAUGAAAUGUUGAACCUCAUGCUGAUGCAUGCACAGGCAUAUUAAUUUGCCUUUCAGUUGAAGGGGGAGGAUAAUGUUUACAUGUAAUUUGCAGGCAAUCAUGCCUCCACCUCACCCCACCCUCACACGUGACACUUGGGUACAAAAAUUAGUGUUCAGUCUGCGAUUGUCAUUUGUUCAUUCUUUUAUGUUAUAGUCCUUGAACUUUAUUCAUGGAACUAGUAGUUAUAAAGUAUUAUACACAAAUCAUUUUAUCAUGUACAUUGUAGGCCUGUGACAGUGUGGUCACAUUCAGAUUAAAACAUAUUUACAUUAGAAUCUGAAUCAUAUAUGUACAAGUCAGUGUGUGUGUGAUUUGAUUAGGAUAUAUAAUAAAUGACACUAACCUAAUCCAUUUACAUGUAUAUUCUUAAAGUGCAGGUAUUAAGAAGCAAAAUAGUGAAAUAUGGUUUUAAAUAUACUAAAAGAAAAACUUAGCAAUUUGGUAUUUGUGCAUUGUACCCUAACCCUCAAGCUACAUUUCAGAGAUGUAACAUUUAUUUUCAUUUCAAAAAAAAUAUUCUUAUAUGUAUAUACAAUUAAGGUUCAAGCAUGCUGAUAUGGGCACACACCUCAACUAUCUGGGCUGUCUGUCCAGGUUAAUGAGAGAGAAUUCGGUGUGGUGGUCAAGCACAGCCCACUGAACCAUUGAGCCCACUCUAUGUAGCAACUGGUACCAAGGUGCAAACUCAGUACCUACACCACCAAGGCUGAUGAUGUGACAGUUACGGAUAUCAUUAUGUGUUGAAAAUAUCCCAUUGCUUACAUUGCCAACAAAUAAGGCAACAACAAAAUCCAGUGUCUGAUUUCACUUUGAAUGUCACAAGUUUUCCUUUAUUUAAGCACAUUUGUCAAAUUGCUAAACGUUUUCGUUUUAUUUUGUUUUAUUUUUUUAUUUUUUUUAAUAUAAAGUAUUCAAGACUUCAGAUAACUAUACAGUAAUUGCAAUACUAUUAAUUGCAGUCUUCUACAUUUCAGUCAUACUGCAUAUUAUUAGGUGUAUCUACAUAUAAUAAUUUUUUUUUAAAUUAGUCGUCAUAGGCAGCAGAAACUGACUACAGAAUAAUGGUACCACACAUCGGGUGCCUUUCAUAGUACAAGUGUUAAAUAUUGUGAAAAUCAUGCAAGGCAUUGUCACUCCCAUGCAGCAUAAUUCAUGAUCUGGGGACUAAUUCACUAAACUCUCGUAACUUUGCAAUCUCACAGUGCCAUGCCAAAAGACUUGCAAAGAGGAUGCUUUGUUGUGUAGCAGAGCUUAAGAGACCUUUGUGAAUUAGGCCCCUGAAUAGACUUACAAUCAAGCAAGUACCUUAUGCAAUCACUAUAUGAUCUUGUUUCUGAAGUGAGAUGUUUUCUGUUCAUAAUGGUGGAUUUAUUUUAACACCACAGGUUGGAAAAUUGCAAGAUUGUUUGUCAUAAAGAGAGAUUUUGUGGGAAUGUGCAUUUUUCUUGCAAUUUCUUACUCUUUUGGUAUUAAAACUUUAUUGUUCAUAAUUAUUGUGUACAAUAUAACUUUAAAAGUAUUCUCUUGUGUAUAGGACUCAUGUUUAUUUCAUGAAUAAAGCUUGUGAUAACUUAAA